GCAGUUGCUUCUAAAUCGACAUUUUUCCCAUCUCCCAUGGAAGCCAUAGAUCUGACCUUGGUUCUGCUGGGUGCUGUGCUGCAAGUGGUUCUGGUGGUGCGGCUGGUUUGCCUGGUCCGGUGGCAGCACCUGGAGAAGGCGCGAAAGCUUUUGGCGAACGCGACCAAUCGGCGCAGGGAGUUGGAUCCGGAGGAGCGGCGAAUCCAGGCGCUGGUGGAAGCAGGGCGCAUGCGCGUGGCUAAAGUCAACGUAGGCAUCUUGCUGUUUUUGAGCAGCGUGACACUUGCCGGAAUCCAAGUCCAACACUUGAAAUACCUGGCUGAACCUUUAUCGAGGGAGGUUCAGUGGGCUGUGUUGGUGAACGUAGCUCUUUAUUUGGCACUGUGGCUUGGCCCAGAGCUCCAGACAAGUCUCGCUUUCAGCCUUUGGUACCUCGUAGCAUCGGCAUGCACCUUCUUCAUUCUCAGUCCUGCAGCAACUGCGAACUCAGUGCUCACAACUCGCUCCUUGGUAACUUUUGCCUUUUGGCGCCUGCCUACUUCAAGCUGGCCGCCGAGCUGGAUCGUUGCAUGCUGCGGCUUUGUACUGUGGGCGCAAGCCUGUGUUCGAUUCCUGACCUGGUCGGAGCCCCAUAGCAGCACAAUGCACGAGAAUCCGUUGGUGGUGGAGACAUUCAUGUUCGGGGUCUCCCUUGCCGUGAAGGUUGGCUUUGAAUGCUUGCUGCGGAGCAUGGCAGUCUUGCAAGUCCGCCACGACAAGGUGGGUUCGGAGCUGCAGGGGGCCACCUCGCUUCUGCGGCACAUUUGCGAUGCAGUGAUUGAAGUGGAUGCGGACUUGCGCUUGACGAAGCACUCCAAGGAGCUGGCCAAUAUGCUCCUGAGGCAUCGCCCAGGUGGUUCCCUGGAGGGCGUGAGCUUCACAGACUUCAUGACCCCGGCGGAUGCACAGAAGUUCUCUAAACUGUUGGAGGCACAGCUGGCAGGAAAGGCGGAAGAUUUCGAGUCCAACGUGUUCCACACGCGCUUGGUGGACAGCUGCUCCAGCCAGUUCCGCGUGGAGACCUUUCAGGUCAGGUACGAGCGCUGGGACGGGCAAGUCUGCAGCCUGAUCGGCUUGAGGGAUUUCACCGACCAGGGCUGUCUGGCGGCCAACGUCAUCAACGACAUGCGAGAGCAUCAGCCUGAGCAUCGCGACGGGCUGGCCAGGAUGGUGUCUGACUCGGAGGUCUCGUAUCCAUGGCGGCCUUCCUCCGGAUCAUCCGCUACGCCAGAGUUGGCCGCUACGAUGGCGUAUACGCCAGAGCCAUUGCCACCAGGUCCGGGAGAAAAAACGAGCCAACCAGGGGAUUCGCAGCUCUUGCUGGAGAUCGACCUGGACACUUUCACCGUGAGAUCGGCCUCGGUGUCUGUCAGCUUCCUCGCCGGCUGCGCGCUGGGAGACCUGAUGAGCCUCCAGGGCCAUAGGCUCUUUCGCCAGGUGAAGCCACAGCUUGCUGCCCUGGAGCAAAAUGGCCAACUGGGCUGCACGGUGUUCAACUUUGGCUUCCUUGAUCUGCAUUUCGGUGCUGUCUCUGUGGAAGUUGACGGCGUAGUUGAGAUCAUGCAAACCCAACGCGGGGAGUUGUCCUUGAUCAUGCUGUUCGCUCCAACCAGCGCCAAGUCCUACAAAAAGCUGGAAGACAUGAAAGCCAAGCACGCGAAAGUCAGUGACUGGCCAGUGCGCCUCUGAAAGGCCCUCCAAGCUAAGCUGGAGUCGAAGAGCCUUUGCUUGAAGUGCUUGCCAUUUUUGCUUUUUACCAUGAGUUCAAUUCCUGAAAGGACGAACAAAAGGGGUCUGUAGGUUGGCGCUGUGUUUCACAUUUUUUGAAACGCCCGCAUCUAGACAGCCGCGCGCGCC